GUUAGUCGUGAUAGAAAGUCGAAUAUUGCGAGUGUUAUUAGAGGUUCUUGGACUUCUUGGAUUUCUGUCACCUUUCCUAACCUCUCACUGCUUUCGCCCCACGGAUGUCCCGGUAUCUUUGGUGCCGUGUAAUUGGUGCAAUAAUUGAUUACCGGUGAUUUAAUAGCGCGUGAACAAUAACAUGAUGUCGCGGUCAGUGCGGGCGGAGACUCGUAGUCGUGCCAAGGAUGACAUUAAACGUGUAAUGCAAGUAGUUGAUAAAGUUCGUCAUUGGGAAAAGAAAUGGGUCACAAUAGGAGAAACAACUAUGAAAAUAUAUAAAUGGGUUCCAAUCUCGACACUCGAUCAGAAGAAAAAGGGAAAGACAGUUUCCGACAAGGAAAACGGUUUACCAAGGAAAGGAGGAAUAGAAUCAUCAAAUUCUAAUUUCGGUCUUACAGAAGAUUCCAAUACGUGUUUCUCUACUGUUAGUGAUUCUCAAGGACUGACAGAUUUCUCUGCACAUUUGGGCUUUUCAGAAGACUCGAAUUCACAAAACAGCGAACCUGCACCCAAGAGAUUAAAGACUGACUAAUGUUUGACUUACAAUCAGCAUCACCGCCAAUACAUCGUAUAGAGAUUGACAUUUAGGAAUCUAUCUCUUUCGUGAAUUUGCACUUGAUAAUUUUUUAU